GGAGAGAUUUAUUUUCCCAAGAGAGUAUCUAAUAUGGAGUAUAUGCUCUGUGUUGCUUUCAGAUUUUGUGUGAACUUAGGGAGGAAACUGCCACGCUUCGGGGUAGUCAAAUGCAAGUUUCCCCUGAUCAAGCACAACUUCUUGCAAUCCUUGUCCAGAUCCAAGGAGCACAAAGAUGUAUUGAAGUUGGCAUCUUUACCGGAUACUCAUCAUUGGCAGUUGCUUUAGUUCUUCCAGAGCAAGGAUGCCUAGUUGCUUGCGAGAGAGAUGAAAAAUCAAUUGAGGUUGCAAAGAGAUAUUAUGACCGUGCUGGUGUAUCUAGCAAGGUGGAUGUGAGACAUGGCAAAGCAGCUGAUACUCUACACUCUAUGAUUCAUAAUGGUGAAGGUUGCAGUUAUGACUUUGCUUUCAUUGACGCCGAUAAGAAAAUGUAUCAUGAAUACUUUGAGUUGCUACUAAGGCUGGUAAGGGUUGGAGGGGUCAUUGUAGUGGACAAUGUGCUUUGGCAUGGGAGAGUUGCUGAUACAUUGGCAAAUGAUUCCACAACGGUUAGCAUUCGGAGUUUCAACGAGAGCUUGUUUAAGGAUAAACGUGUAGAUAUCAGCAUGGUGCCGAUCGGCGAUGGCAUGACAAUCUGCCGGAAAAGAUGAGUAAUGUCAACACAGACAUUAGAAGGAGGUAUGCCUUAGUUAUAUAGGUUGAUAAAUAGAAAAACUAUUUGUGUGGAUUUAUUUAAUGAGCUCAAGCUUAUUUUUUACUCUCUCCAUUUACAUUUAACCAACAAUUAUGACUUUUGUAAUACAUCAACAUUUGAAAAAAAUAUAGACAUGAUGACAUGAUGUAUACCAAUAUUUAUUCAAAUUUUGAUGUUUCACAAAAGUCAUAUUAUUCCUUUCAAUGUGAAUGGAGGGAGUAAUGAUCCAUUGGUCAAAUUAAACAUCCAUAAUUCCUUUUUAAAGCAUAGUUUGUAAGGUGUCGCCUAGGCGAUAAGGUGCUAUCACUGGGACACAUUGUCUGCUCGCUUCGCCUAGAAAUCAAAAGAAGAGAAAUACUCAGGGACAGACAGAGUAAACAUUAAACACAAUUUUUUCCC